AUGACGAACGUCUCUGAGAUCCUUGGCCAGCUGCGGUACACCCUUGAUAUCUGCAACCGCUUAUCGAUGCCCGGACACUCUACCCUGCCGUGUCCGGAUGAGCGUCAAGCCGUCAUGAACCAGCUCAAGGCCAACAUCGAAGUACUAGGCAAGCUCGCGGAGGUUGCGCAUGUGGAGGCGCUCAUGGCGCACAGCCUGGCUGCGCAGAAAAUGUGGGCUACCGACCGAGGAACGGUGUGA